CAGCGGCGCCGAGCACUCGGAGCCCCGCGGCCGAAGAGCGGCUGCUGGAGGGAGAGCGCUUGCCGCCGAGGCUGCGGCCCGGGAGCGGCGGCGGAGCCAUGCCGUGGCUCAGCGGAGGACGGAGACGGCGACGGCAGCAACAGCAGCAGCAGCAGGCGGCGGCGGCGGCGCCCGGAGGAUCAGGGACGGGGCCGCCUCCUGUCGCACCCGCUGCGGCGAUCGGAGGUGGUGGUGGCGGCGGCAGUGGGCCGCGAGGCCGGGAGAGUUCGGAAUUGCCUUUGCCCGCUGGUUGGGAGGAGGCGAGGGACUACGACGGACGCGUCUUUUACAUCGACCACAACACCCGGCAGACUUCGUGGAUCGACCCCAGGGACAGGAUUACCAAGCCAUUAACUUUUGCUGACUGUGUUGGUGAUGAACUACCUUUAGGAUGGGAAACUGUUUACGAUCAACAGAUUGGGGUUUAUUACAUGGACCACAUAAAUCAACUCACACAAAUUGAAGACCCAAGAGAGCAAUGGAGAAGAGAACAGGAGCGCAUGCUAAAGGAAUAUUUAAUUGUCGCUCAGGAAGCACUUAAUGCCAAAAUGGAAAUUUAUCAAAUUAAGCAGCAACGAUUUGAGCUAGCACAAGAAGAAUAUCAACAGUUGAACAAAAUGUGUGAGGAUGACAGUUAUUCUUAUGCAAGUACAUAUUCUGGAUUUUCAACCAACACUAAAUACAACCCAUCUCAGAUUAAAGCAGAAAUAGCUAGUCGGCGUGAUAGACUUUCUAGAUUAAAGAGAGAAUUAACACAGAUGAAGCAAGAGCUACAGUACAAAGAAAAAGGAGUAGAAACACUGCAAGAGAUUGAUCGGAAGAUGUCUAAUUCUCAUGUGAAUUAUAAAUUGGAUGAAGCCCAAGCAAUAAUGAAUGAACUUCGAAGCAUCAGGAAGGCCAUAUGUUUGGGUGAAAGAGAAAGACAAGACUUAAUGCAAAGUCUGGCCAAGCUGACAGAUGGAUUCAGAAAUAGUUGUUGUAUUACAGAAUCUUUUCAUGAUCUUCAGCACAGUUCUGAUUCAUUCAAUGAUGCCAAUCUAUCUCAAAUAUAUUGUGAUGCUUGUUCUCAAACUGACAUCAUUGGCGAGCUUGGAUUGGAAGAUACAACAAGACAUGUAGACAAAAUGAAACUGAUUUGGCAGUAUGAAGAGACCAAAAAAAGAGUUUUCAGAAUCCAGCAACAGUUGGCUUUACAAGACCAGGAAUCUUGGCCAGGAAUGGCGGAGGCAGAUAUUGAUCAUCUUCAGCUUAUUAAAGAAAAAGAGGCUCUUUUACAAGAACUGCAGCUUAUAAGUCAACAGCAGCGUUCACCAGAAGAUCUGAAACACAUAGAGGAGGAAAAAAGGCGCUUGGAGGAGGAUAUCCAGCAGGCUCAGGCUACUUCUUCUCAUGGUGCUGCUGAAAG